CUCGUUCAGUCUCUUAAGCGCCGACCCGCCUUUUCUUUCUCCAUUUCGAGAGAGAGUGAGAGUGAACCAAAUGAUGUCGCGGGAAGGAAGCACGUUUCACGUUUCGUUCUCUGAGAGAAUCAUUGCCAUCGACGUCGUCCGCCUUCCUCUCGAGGAGUUCCGAUGAAGCCGCCUUUCGUGUUUGCGUCAAAGUAUAAUCAGAAACGGCUGUAGUAGCUAUUAGAGUGAUCCUUGAGUCCUGACUGUGGAAAGAGGACGUGCAGAGAUGUCACAGUGUAGCUUCCUAAGGUUUCGGAAGGCGCUUCGGCACCUACAUUGCAAAGAUUUCUGGGCAGCUCGUCCCCAUCGUUUGGGACUCGCCAGUUAUAGCUUCUGUAGUGCUUCUGAAGCAGUUACUCAGGUUUCGGUAGCGGAACCGUCGUCAUGGCGUCAUUUGCCUGACAUUGGUGAUGUGUAUUCUGAAGGAGUCGAGGUAGGAUCUCGUCUUAUCACCUUUGAAACCGGAAAACUUGCCAGGUUUGCUGCUGGCGCUGUUGUGUUAGGGAUAAAAGAGACAAAGGUGCUGUCUACUGUCGUAUCAGCAGAGGGAGAUGGAACCCGUGAUUUCUUGCCUUUAACUGUUGACUACCGGGAAAAACAAUAUGCUCAAGGAAAAAUUCCUAAUACAUUCAUGAGAAGAGAAGGUGCACCAAAAGAGCGAGAACUCUUAUGCGGCCGAGUCAUAGAUCGAUCAAUCAGACCUCUAUUUCCUAAAGGCUUCUUCCAUGAAGUUCAGGUGAUGGCCAAUGUUAUUUCUUCUGAUGGUGAGCAAGAUCCAGAUGUGAUGGCUGCUAAUGCAUCGUCUGCUGCUUUAAUGAUAUCAGAUAUACCUUGGUGUGGUCCGAUUGGAGUAGUGCGUGUUGGGAGGAUUGACGGAAAACUGGUUAUUAACCCAGACAUGGAUGAGCUUAGCUUAAGUGAUCUCAACCUAGUAUACUCAUGUACACGUGACAAGACAUUGAUGAUAGAAACCCAGGCUCGGGAGAUCUCAAAUCAAGAUUUGAUUGAUGCUCUGCAUUUAGCACAUGCGGAGGCUAACAAAUUGAUUGAUCCCCAAAUAAGACUUGCCAAUAAGGUGAAGAAUCAGAAGAAGGCUUUCAAGCUGUUCACCAUAAUGGAUGGUACACUUGAGAAAAUCAGAAACUUGUCGCAAGCAUCUAUCGAGAAAGUUUUUGCUGACCCAACAUAUGGCAAGUUUGAGCGUGGAAAAGCUCUGAAUAAGAUUACAGAUGAUGUGAAGAAGAUACUCGAGGAAGAAGCUGAUGAAGAGAGCCUAAAAGUUCUGCCAAGGGCAAUUGACACAGUCCGUAAAAUGGUUGUUCGUCAAAGAAUUUUUGAGGAAGGUAAAAGGGUUGACGGCAGACAACUCGAUGAAGUUCGGCCUUUGUAUUGUGAAGCUGGCCCAUUUCCAGCCCUGCAUGGGUCUUCAAUAUUUUCACGUGGAAAUACUCAGGUUUUAUGCACAGUGACACUUGGUGCACCCAGUGAUGCGCAAAGAUUGGAAUCUUUGGUCGGGCCUCCAACAAAGCGCUUCAUGCUCCAUUACAGUUUCCCACCAUUCUCAAUUAAUGAGAUUGGUAAACAAGGUGGCUUGAACAGAAGGGAAGUUGGGCAUGGUACAUUAGCUGAGAAGGCAUUGCUAGCUCUGCUGCCACCAGAAGAUGAUUUCCCAUAUAGUGUUCGGAUUAACUCUGAAGUGAUGGCAUCUGAUGGAUCUACAUCUAUGGCAACUGUUUGUGGAGGCAGCAUGGCAUUGAUGGAUGCAGGUGUUCCAUUGCGGAAACAUGUAGCUGGUGUUUCUGUUGGCCUAAUUAGUGACGUGGAUCCUUCUACUGGCAUUAUUAAAGAUUUCCGGAUACUGACUGAUAUACUAGGCCUUGAAGAUCAUCUGGGUGAUAUGGAUUUUAAAAUUGCUGGAACGAAGGAGGGGGUAACUGCCAUACAGUUAGAUAUGAAACCUGCUGGUAUUCCUCUCUAUAUAAUAUGUGAAUCCUUAGAACCUGCUUUAAGAGCUCGCACGCAUAUCCUUGACCAUAUGGAGCGGGAGAUAAAUGAGCCCCGCAAUCAAGUAGAUGGAAACUCUCCACGCUUAGCAACACUUAAGUACAACAAGGAAUUUCUUUGGCGUUUGAUUGCCCCAGGGUUCUCAAUUAAAAAAAUUGAGCAAGAAACAGGUGCACGUAUUGCUGUCAAUGCUGAUGGAGGAGUCACCAUACUUGCAAGAAACCAAGCAAUCAUGGAGAAAGCUCAAGAAAAGAUUGAUUUUGUAGUUGGCCGUGAAAUUGAAGUUGGUGGCAUUUACAAAGGAAUAAUCGUAUCAAUAAAAGAAUAUGGUGCUUUUGUAGAAUUUAAUGGUGGUCAACAAGGCCUUCUACACAUUUCUGAGUUAUCACAUGAGCAGGUGUCUCGAGUUACAGAUGUGGUCUCAUUGGGACAGGAGCUCUCACUUAUGUGCAUUGGACAAGAUGUGCGGGGUAACAUUAAGCUAUCUUUAAAGGCUACUUUACCCAAACCUAGAUCUCCACCAGGAAACUUGAUGGCUGAAAAUUCAAAGACAGCUGUGGAUGAAAUACCAAGUAUAUUAUCUCAAACCGAUAAAGAAAAUAACAUGUCUCCUCAUGGCUCAUCAGUGAAUAAAUGUGAGGGUCACCCCACCAGCUCCUAUUCACCACCAUCAGUAGUUAUUCGAAGUGUGGAGGAAUGCAAUCAAGAGGAUGAAAACUCUGGGUUCACAUUGUCUAAGCCAAAUAAGAAAAGUAAAACUACACCUCCCAAGAUAAAGACAGAAACUCAAGUACAUACAGACAACGGCUCAUCAUCUAAAGAUGCUCAACUCUUUUCUGGUAACAGCAGCCUGAAAAAUACAGCUAUCAAGCCCAAGGAGCACCAGGAAAAAAUAGUGAAAACUGUGAUUGAGAAAGGGGGCACCACACUAUCACCAGAUAUUCUGCAGCCUGCAGGACGUAAACAGGUUAGUCCAAAUUCAAUGAGGAUUGGGGAUGAGUAUGUGGCUAAGAUUGAACAGAUUCGUGCACAUGGUCUGGUCCUUCAGCUGGGAGGUGGGGUUCGAGGAAUGUAUCGUUUUGAGGUAGAUGGGAGGAGGGAUUUUCAGAUUGGUGAAGACCUACACGUCAGGUGCUCAAGCUUCUCUGCAAAGGGAAUUCCAGUUGUGACUUUAUUGGAAGAGUCUGCAUCCGAAUGAAGGAAGGCUAUUCACGUCUGCAGUUACCGCAGCUGGAUGAAGUAUUACAUAGGCCAUUGAACUCCAGGCACCUUGUCCAACCAAAGCAAGUCAUGCUCAUAAUUGACCAUCUUCAUCCACCGGCACUGGUAUGAGCUUCAAAAGGAUGUAUGGCCUCAACGAAUGGCAACCUUGGAGGAUGAACAGAAAACGUUGGCUGAUAUUCUCCACGUGCCAACUAAUCGUCAAAGGCAGCGAUUCAUUUUUGUUGAAGAAUUUUGGCGGCACGUUGGUAAGUUGUAGAACCUUGUUUGAGGAGCGAUCCAGCAAAUAGUAGAGAUGAGAUUGAGAGAUGAAAUUUUGGUAAAUGUGGGUAGAGAAGAAGUAAUUUGAAAUCAAGUCAUAUAAUAAUGGGCACUUAUAUUAAAUUAAAAAUAAUAUUCGUCGUCAUGGGAGCAGAAAAAUUAACACUAGCCGCAGGCUGAGUUUUUGCAAUUUUUUUAUUAAUUUAAAUUCCAUUUAGAGUCCCAUGUUUAACUUGAUACUCUAAUUUAAGCCUUCCUGAUAAGGUAUUUUCA